AUGUCGGAUAUUUAUAUGUCUCACUGUGGAACGGACAAGUCCGCCCUGGAUCCAGCCCUGGAACAACUUGGAUUGCAGGUGGCUGCUGAUGGGUUUCACAUCCAAUGGGCCAAGGGCAAUCGACGACAUCCGCGCAACUGGCGACAGUCGCGGAAGAUCUACGACACCUGCUUGAUUAUCUUUCUAGAGCUGUUUACGACGGCCAUAAGUACUUCUGGUUCCAACGCUGCCAACGACGCGCUCAACGAGUUCGACAUUCAGAGGGAGCUUGCUAUCUUCAUUUUCGUGUCACUAUAUCUACUGGGCCAGGGCUUUGGCGCCAUUGUUCUCCCGCCGUACUCGGAAUCCUUUGGCCGCAAGAAUCUCUAUGUCGCCAGCACGGCUGUGUACAGCAUCUCAUGCGCGGUGGUGGCCGCCGUGCCCUCGUUGAUCGGUGUCGCGGUAGGCCGGCUGGUCAGUGGUUUCGUCUCGUCGAUCCCGACCACGGUGGUCGUGGGCAGCAUCGAAGACAUGUAUAAUGCAAAGGAUCGGGUGUGGGUGAUCUGCGUAUGGGCUAUCGUCGCCAACCUCGGCUUGGUGGUCGGGCCCAUCUACUCGACGUUCAUCACGGCGGAUCUGGGCUGGAGAUGGGUGUUCUAUGUAGCCACGAUGGUGACGGGCGUCCUGGCGUUCCUCCUGCUGACCAUCCGCGAGUCGCGUCCGUCGCUGCUACUGGCGCAGGAGGUGGACACCCUUCGUCGCAUCACGGGCAUCGAGACGCUGCAGGCGUCGAACCCGGACAUGAUUCCCGACCUGCGGACGUUCGUUCGCGUCGCCCUGGGCCGCCCCGUCCGCCUCCUCUGCACGGAACUCAUCGUGUUUGUCGUGUCGUUCAUGAGCGGGAUCGCCGUUGCGCUGGUCUACCUCUUCACCGAAGCACUGCCGCCCAUCUACGAGGCGUUCGGGUUCAGCCCGCGCCUAUCCUGUCUUCCAUUCGUCGCGUUGGGCAUUGGCAUGCUGGCCGGGCUGUCGACUCGCUGCAUCGACCUGCGCAUCAUCGACACGCACCGACGGAACGGCCGCCCACUGGUGCCGGAGCACAAGCUGACCGGGUUCAGCAUCGGGACGCCCAUCCUGGCUGCCGCGCUGUGGCUCUACGCCUGGACCAUCCCACCGGAGGUGUCGAACGUGCACUGGAUCGUGUCGGCGAUCGCGCUGGUGCUGAUCGGCUACGCGCUCAACGAGAUCGACUACGUCCUGAGCGGGUACCUCACGGACAGUUAUCUCAGCUAUGCGGCUAGUGGCCUGGCGGCGCUGAGUCUGGUUCGGGCGCUGCUGUCGGCUGUGUUGCCGCUGAUCUCGUCGCCGAUGUUUACGGGCAUUGGGAAUAACAUGGCUGUGUCGGUGCUGGCGGGUCUGGCGACUGUGUUUUGUGUGAUUCCGCCGCUGUUUGCGCGCUUUGGGAGGGUUCUUCGCGCGCGCAGUGAGUUUGCCAAGUACAGCUUGCGCAUGUAUCAUGAACAUAGUGUGGAUGAGGAUGGGCUUUGA